AUGGAGCCGAAACAGCCAGAUGAAAGUAACAAAUUCAAAGACGAAAUCUACUAUCUCGCCAUGUCACCUCUGAUUGCAAUGGCUUUAAAUUCUACAUUAGCCUUCAAUAUCCCAAAGCUUCUGGAAAACCCAAAAACUAUUGAUGAACUAGCUCAACAAACAUCAGCAGUUAAAGGGAAAUUAGAAAGAACGCUCCUGGCCCUCGAAGCUUUUGGAUACUAUUCUUUUGACGAGCAGUCUCAAAAAUGGUCAAAUUCAGGAAAAACAGUUUUGUUUCUCGAUCAGGCCUUCAGAGAUGCGAUUUAUUUUUGCUGUGUCCCUUUUCAAUACGAAAUUCUUCUCCGUUUCGCUGAUGCUUUACAGUGUGACCGCUCUUCAUGCGAACUUCAAACUGGAAGAAAUAUUUAUGAUGAGCUAGCACACAGGAAUUUAGAUAAUAAUUAUUUUCAGACAGGCUUAGGAGCGUAUAUAGCUAAAAACAGCUUAUAAUUCACUAUGGCUUGAAAUUGGCAUUAUAGGCUAAUUUUCAAUUUUUAGGCCACAAUCCAGUGAGCUAUAUAAAAAUUAACGGUUAUUGUGCACUCUGCCACCAUUUUUCCCAUAACGAGUUAUAAGUCUGCGUAGGCUAUACCAAAAUGUCAGGUGACAGCUUAUUUAACUCAAUUGAUCUUAAAAAUUCAAUAAGAAUUUUAGACGCUGGAGGAGGAGAUGGGACAUUACUGUGUGAGUUAGCAAAAAGAAAUUCUAAUAUCCAAGGGACUGUGCUAGAUAUGGCUUCUAUAAGUGAAAUUGCAACAAAAAACAUUGAAAGCUAUGGCUUACAAGAAAAAAUCACCUUUUUAGGUGGAGAUUUCAGAGAAGAAGUCCCUAGUGGGUAUGAUUGUAUCAUUUUUAAACAAACACUUAACAGCUGAACUGAUGAAGUUGCUUCAAGAAUAUUAGAAAACUGUUAUAGAUCUUUAGAAAGUGGCAAAAAACUUAUCAUCAUUGAGCACGUAUUAGUAAAAACUGAUGAAAACUAUAGAGAAGUUAGGUAUUUGGACUUGAUAGAUAUCUCAGAAAUCGAGGCCAAAGUAAAAAUUAAAUUAAACAAUUAAAUUGACCAUAAGCCUUUGCCUCCUCUCUGCUCCAAAAAAGCUACCUCCAACAUCCCGAGAGACGAAUGCGGAAAUCGGAAGCCGCUAUUUUGAUUUCCGGUCUGAAGAGCCUUAACAAGGAAUCAACUCCCUAGAGCAGAGUCAUCGUCUAUAGAAUUCUCUGACUCCCCCCCCUUUAAAUUGAAACAAAAAAUUUUGUUUCAAUUUAAAGGGGGGUUUAAGAAAAUGUUUUUAUAAAAAAAAAUUUAUAUAUAAAAAAAUUUUUUCAGAGAUAAAAUUUUAUAGAAAAUAAAUUAUAUAAAUUUAAAGAGACAAUAAAUUGAACAAUUGGACAAAAUAGAGUUUAAUUUCUAAAUCUUAUAUGUUUGAAGCAUAUUAAAAUAGGGUAUUAACGUAUUUACAUAUAAAAUAAUGAUUUUUUACCUAUAAAAUUUUCUAUUAUAAUAAAAUUUUGUUUCAAUUUAAAGGGGGGGUAAUUUCCCAAAAAAGUAGGGAAUUUUACCCUAUAUUUUGUUUCAAUUUAAAGGGGGGGGGGAGUGAGAUCCCAACAAGGUUAGACUAUGUGGUAGGCAAACGAGAGAAAAAAAAACUUUCUCUUCGGUAAGGUAUCCCCAAGACUUCAAAAAGAGAUAGAUGCCCUAUUUUGGGCUUAAUCGGAUUCUUAUUUAUUCCAUAGAGCGUGAGUUUUGAAGUCCAAUUUCCUUCAACGUCAUCAUUUUAUUUCUGAGGCCAAAGUAAGGAAUAUGGAAGAAUUCCGAAGAAUCAUUGAAUACCCUGGAUUUGUUAUUGACAACGUUAAGAAAAUCCCAGGCCAGUAUAUAUUUGAAGCUACAAAGCCUUAA